CAAAAAGUAGAACAAUAAUAACUGUCUUAUUUUAAGUGUUCACACUAAUAUACUUUACGACUUCGUUCCAAGAGCUCGAAAGACAUUUAAUUGAAAGCGAAAAUGGGACACGUUUGUUCUAAAUCAGAAAUCUCAACAACACCGACGGAAGAAAAACAAGAAUCUUCAAGAAGCCCUUCUGAUGAUAAUAUGAAUACAUCAUCAGACUUUGACGGUUUCAUUUUUCCAUUUGAGGGUGACUCUGAUGAGGUAGAUAUUUCAGCCAUAGAAGACGACUACCCUGAUCCGAAAGCAGUUAAAACUAAUGAAAAACUUCACUUUCCUGAUGGAGUCAAACUGUUUGAUAAUUGGGAUCCUAAUACAUCUAGUGACGAUGCAAUCAAUGAGGAAGCCGUAGAACUAUUACCAAUUACUCAGGCAGAGCUGGAUAGUCAUGCAAAGAAGACACCAGGAUCAACAUUGAAUCGGUUUGAAGAUCUUAUUACUUAUCUCGAAAAGCCUGCACUAGGAAAAGAAUCAAGAGAUGAUAUAAUGGUUAGAGCAAUUUUAGUCUGGUUAUGUAAUCAGAAAGUUGAAACAUUUGCAACUGAGGAAAGAACAAAAAAUACGCCAAAGGGGUUUCUCAGUCUUCUUGGACAGAAGCGAAGCCAAUACUCUACAUUUUUUACUGUACUUUGCAGACAGGCAAACAUAAAGUGUGUACAGAUUCGUGGUAUUUCUAAGACAGGGAAAUACCAACCUGAAAAGAGAAACCCCAACGACAUGACUUGCCGUUGGAACGCUGUUUAUCUUCGAAAUUCCUGGCAUAUAAUUCAUCCAUUUUGGGUUUGUGGGUCAGUGUAUGGAAAACAAAGAGGAGGCUGGAUACGGUUGGAGAAGGGUGGAAAAUCUAUUGGAAAACGACAGAUAGCUAACCCAGGUGUUGCUACGACUGAUGUCGUCGAAUACUUCAUUAUGCCAGACCCAAAGCAAUUUAUUUAUCGAUGUCAUCCAGACGACUCAAACUGGCAAUUAAUUCCCAAGCCGAUUUCGAGAGAUAAGUUUCUUGAUCAAGCAUAUCUACUGCCUCCUUUUUGGGCAUUAGGGUUAACUUUGUUAACUGAAAACUCCUGUUUGUUGAAAUCUGCAGGAAACGCUGUUACAAUAACAUUACAAGGACCUAAAGCGACAGCCAACGAACUAAAUAUGGACUACGAGUUAUUACUAAAGGACGAAGGUACAAAUCAGAAAGAUGAAAACGAAAUGCUUGAACCAAAUAAAAUACCACGAUUAGUUGCAAAAAUACGUAAUGGUUCUGAGUGGAAUUUUAACAUUCAGUUUCCCGUAGAAGGAAUAUAUAAAAUAGUUAUUUACGGAGCUCCUGAAAAACGAUCUAUGCAUAGACUGUGUGAAUUUCAAAUUAAAUGUACUGCAAGAACACAAAACUGUCGAUUGACACCUUUUAAUCCAGGUCUUAUAGGAUUUGGUCCUGGCCUAACAAGCGAAAGAGCUGGACUGCUUCUCCCAUCACACCGAAAUGGUCUGGUAACAACAGAUAAAAAUAAACCAACCAAGUUAAGUUUCCUUCUUGACAGUGAAAUGUCCAACUCUAUGGAAGUUAGAACAGAGUUAUUUGAUUCAGAUGAAAAUGACCAGUCAUCCUUAGUCGUAACAACAAUUGAGAAAAAAGAACUUAAAAUAACUACAACUCUUGUUAAAGAAGGUGAUUACGGUCUGAAGAUUCUCACUGGUACACAUAAGAGUCGCAGUGAUGACCAGAUUACCAUGACAGUUGUUUGUAAUUACUUCGUGACAACAUCCCAUAAAUUCACUCAUGAGAAAACAAACAAGCGUCUAGCAAGACAGAAUCUGCUAUCAUAUAUUGAAAAUGCCGGGUUUGCAGAAAUCGAAAAAAUUAAGGAUGGUAUUGAAAGAUGUAAGAAAGAAAAAAUUCCAGAAACGGAUUUUGACAUUGAAAAUGCUGAGAGAAAACUUCAAGUUCUACUCUUUAGAAAAGAUAUCCAUGAUGCCUAUAUGAGAAGGCAUUUAAUUACAACAGAGAAGACGAUUGAAAGGCUACACAAGUCUCAAUAUGAAAGAAUAUUUACAGAAAGUAUAAGACAUCUGGAAGAGUUCGCCUCGCAACUAAAUUCACUAGAAGGGUUCACACAACAGUUACCAGAUAUCCUGCAUGCUGUGGGUGAAUUCAACCAUACACACGUAACCAAUGAGCAGGUCGCGAAUACUCUCUGUGCUUUGUCUGUACUUUUUGGUGACAAACAGAAAGAAAUAGAGACAGUAGAUGAUUUGCAAGCCAUUUCUAGAGAAGCAAAACACAAAAUUGCUAUCCAAAAAGACACUGGAAGUUCACUGAAACGGGAAAAUGCACAAAGGGCAUUGCAUAUCAUUAAGAAGUAUUCGUACGAAGAAACAAUGAAGAAAAAUGCAGCAGCGGCGCAGAUACAUAAAUGGGUAACUGAUGUUAUCUCUAAAUUAGAUAAUAAGAGACCAGACCAGGAGAAUGUAUAAUUCAGCUAAAUAAUCUUAGGAGACCCUUCAGAACAUUACGAUGUAUGGUUGCUGAUUUAGUGAUUUGACAUUUCAUUGGCAGAAAUAACAAAUGCAUAUUAGUUUGACAGUACUAAAUGAAAAAUGUUUAGUUUUCCUGUAGAAUUAAACUUCUAUGUCAUGUAUAGUACACUGGAAUCUAUCUAACUUAUCUUACUGAAAUAAUUAAUCAUGAUUUGAGAAAAUGUGUCUAUAAAAGAUAAUAAAAAUAAGCCAAGAAGUUCUUAUCAAUUAAUGUCUAAACCAUAUACAUGUAUGUAAAUGUAAUUUGUUUUUUGAGUAAAUUUUUAUGACAUUACUGAA